AUGAAGUCUAUCGCUGCUCUCGCUCUUACCGCCUCCAUGGCCAACAUGGUCGCCGGCCACGCCAUCUUCCAGCAACUCUGGGUCAACGGCAAGGACGAGGCGGACAGCUGCGUUCGCAUGCCCGCCUCCAACUCUCCCAUCCAGGACCCAACCUCCGACGACAUGCGCUGCAACGCCAACGCCGCUAAGGCCGCCUCCACCUGCGCCGUCAAGGCCGGCGACGUCGUCACCGUCGAGAUGCACCAGCACAACGACCGCGACUGCACCAAGGAGGCCAUCGGCGGCGCCCACCACGGCCCCGUCAUGGUCUACAUGAGCUCCGUCGCCGACGCCGCCGCCGCCGACGGCUCCGAGCCCUUCUUCAAGAUCUUCGAAUCCGGCUACUUCGCCAACAACAACACCUGGGGCAACGACCUCAUCAACGAGGGCUGCGGCAAGCAGAACGUCGUCAUCCCCGCCGACAUCGCCCCCGGCGACUACCUCCUCCGCGCCGAGACUGUCGCCCUCCACGCCGCAGGCUCCGUCGACGGCGCUCAGUACUACAUGUCCUGCUACCAGCUCAAGGUUGAGGGCUCCGGCUCCGCCAAGCCCACCGGCGUCACCUUCCCCGGCGCCUACAAGGCCACUGACCCCGGUCUGUUGAUCAACAUCUACAACAAGAUCACCAACUACGUCGUCCCCGGCCCUGCCGUCUACAAGUCUGGCUCCGGCUCCGGCUCCGGCUCUGCCCCCGUCGCCUCCGCUCCCGCUGCCACCAGCGCCGCUGCCGCUACUCCUACCACCCUCGCCACCAAGACCGCCACCGCUGCCGCCACCACCUCCGCCGCUGCCGCCGCCCCCACCGGUGACGCCGACGCUGGCUGCAAGCGCCGCGCCCGCAAGGCCCGCCGCUCUGCCCACUACUAA